AUGAAGCUAUCGAUUAUCCUCGCGGUUUUACUACUCGGUCCAUUGAAAACGAAUACGCUGGUGAGACAUCUUCCAGAUCGAGGUCCAUUUGACGAAUUGAGUACUACUGAGUUCAGCAACGCCCUGAAUAACCUCGGAAAAUACCUGGAUUUAGACUACGUCGGAGCAGGUAUAUUUGUGACCAAGGGGACCACUCUGGAUGACAUCCCACCACUUCAGCGCAUUCGUGCUGUUCGCGUGGCCCUUGAAGUUCCCCCAAAGAGCCAACGAAACGGCACUAAGUUUACUCGGCUCGCCCGGAUCUCACUAUAUGCACCGAAAUUACCUUUUGUCCACGAGUACGUCGUUUCCACAGGUAACACGACGAAGAAGGUAUCGCAUGUAAGGCGUAUCCCCGCUCUGAGGCGGCCCGUAGAUGAAAUCGAGACAUCCGCUCUGGACGACUUUCUGGCCAUCACCUGUCAGAGACAAUUUGGUCAGUUCCUGGAGGACUACUACCAAGCCGCGUUUGUGUUCGCAGGCCCCAGAUUCGACAAUAAGACAGCCGAGAACCUCUGCACAAAGCAGACAGCCAAUGGGAGCAAUAGGAGCAGUGCAGCCUACCGUCCAGCCUGUCUAUUCGGCAUGUUCGCCUCACCCCGAGUCACCUGGGACAGACCACAACGUCGCAUCACGGUUUUUCGCCUCAGCCGAGUUGUUCCGCCGUAUAACCAGCAUCCUACUGACGUCUUCCUAGAGAUUGAUCACACAGAAAACAACUUCGACGAUUGGCGCCUAAUUGGACUACAGGUACAAGGUCAUCACUAUGACAACAUGGACGCCUUCCUAGCGGCGAAGCAUCAAUGGCCGCACCUUUUUGUUCGGCAUAAAGUGUUCAAGAGUUUCUUCGAGAAGACCCACGUAAGCCAACUCGGUGACAAACUGUGCCCUCGGCAGCUAAGCCGGAGAGACAAGACUCCUACGAAACCCUUUUCAGGCAGUGUAACCAACAAGCACGUGGUCUACGGCCCAUGGGACUUUGACGUUGGAGUCCUGUACGACACCGGGCUGAGGUUCUACAACAUCCACUUCAACGGACGCUUGGUGAUACACGAAGUUGGCUUAGAUGAGACUGUCACGAGUUACGGUGGUGAUACGCCCUUUAUGCGAGCCAUGACCUCAAUUGAGUCGAUGUACGCUAUUGGCUCGUUGACCUCGGAGUUGUCGCCUGGGCUAGACUGUCCGCUAGACGCCGUGUACCUCUCUGUCCCAAUCAUCCCCAGUGUGUCCGAAGGCCCAAUAUCCCGCCAAAACGGUAUCUGCAUCUACGCAUCAUCUGCGGAUGUUCACAAUGGACCUCUGCGUCGGCAUUAUCAGCCCUUUGUCAGACACGACACAGUCGGUAGCAUGGGUUACGGAAUAGGGGUCACAGAGGAGUCCCUCUACGUGGUGAUUCAAGCGGCUGUAUUCAACUACCAGUAUGCCCUCGUGAAUGUGUUUUCGCCAACUGGGAGCUUCUCAACGUACGUCGUACCAUCGGGCUACAUUCACGUGGAUGUGGUGAAGAGUAAUGACCUGGCGUUUGGCCACAUCUUUCCGCAGAUGAACCUACGCUUCAACGUUCACACACACCACUUCCUCUUCUUUGUCGAUGCACUCGGAGAUGAUAACAGGGCCGAGCAAACUCGUGCGUUUGGGGAAUACGAAAAUCGCGGAAUCGAUCGGAUGAACAUGCAGGUGAGGCGGUUGGCCACGGAGAAGGAGGGCCGUGUGACGGGUUCCGAUCCAACAACUAUAAACGCCCUCUGUCUGGCCAGCAGCUCUAAAUGCCUUCAAGUCAUUAACUUCGCGCCUCUUCGUUCGCUUGUCUCGUGGAAUGCCUCGCGAUCCUUUCAAUGGAUUAGGCACAACUUGUGGUUUACGAGGUACAAAAAGGACGAACUUAGAGCCUCGUCGAUCUACAACGGCAUCGACCUGACAUCACCGGUUGUCGACUUUGACAAAUUUAGCACGAACGAGACACUUAGUGGGAUUCACUCUGAGGUGAGCCACACCGUACUGUUCACUCUGCAGGACUUAGUGAUGUGGAUCAGCGUGGGAUUCGUUCACAUCCCUGUCAACGAAGACAUACCUCAGACGUCGAACAAGGGAAGCCAAGUGGGGUUUAUGCUGAAGCCUCACAACUUCUUCCCGCAAACCCCCGAUGUCACCUCCAAGGGAACCGUCUUCACACUAGAUGUAAGGAGUUUUUUGCCUUAUGAUAAAACCACUAAAAGGGAAAAUUUGCGAAAUUCAAUUUAUACUUGA